AUGUAAUGUCUUCCAUUCAAAUAAUGGUAAGAUUAUUUUCCUCUUCCAUAAACUCUUUAUCAAUGGUACAUGUCUUAAAUAAAUGCCUCAUUGCAACCACGAUGUAUUGAUAUAUAAAUAGAUCUCCCACUUUAUAUCUCUUGUUGAAACAUAUAUUUGAAGAGAAAUCAAACCAUGGUAGUAAAGGUGUAUAGUCCCCAUUGUGCCUCAACCAAACGUGUGAUGGUUUGUCUCAUUGAGAAGGAAGUUGAAUUUGAGACUAUCCCUCUUGAUGUCAUUAAGGGAGAGCACAAGGAUCCUCAGUACCUCAAAUUACAGCCCUUUGGAGGUAUUCCAGUUAUUGAAGAUGGAGAUUAUACCCUAUAUGAAUCUCGAGCAAUAAUGAGAUAUUAUGCUGAAAAAUAUAGAUCUCAAGGGGUUGAGUUGCUAGGAAAGACAAUUGAAGAAAGGGGUCUAGUGGAACAAUGGUUAGAAGUUGAAGCACAAAAUUUCAACCCACCAGCAAGCGACUUAGCCAUUCACAUUUUAUUUCCUUUUAUAAUUGGCAACAAUCCAGAUCCUAAGGUGAUUGAAGAGAGUGAAGCAAAGCUUGUUAAUGUGUUGAACAUUUAUGAAGAGAGGCUAUCUAAGAAUAAAUAUUUGGCUGGUGAUUUCUUUAGCCUUGUUGAUAUAAGUCACCUUCCUUUUAUUGAUUAUAUUGUUAAUCAUAUGAGGAAAGAUUAUUUAAUAAAGGAUAGGAAAUAUGUUAGUGCUUGGUGGGAUGAUAUAAGUAAUAGACCAUCUUGGACCAAGGUUCUUGAGUUAUAUACAGCUCCAAUCUUGUUGCUCAAAUAAUAUCUAUUUGGGGAAGAAUAAAUGUAGUUCCACUUUGUUACCUUAUGUAAUUAAAAUUUUUUUGACUAGAAAAGUAAUUAAAUAUUUUAAGAUGUAAA